AUGGUGAAUGGAACAGUCACUCUAGAUCAGGAAUUGGCUCAGCAUAUCAAAGAUAAUAUCAAAGUACCAGAUGAAGAAGAAGAUAAUGAACCAUGUUGGAUGUUGGAAACAAAUGGAAGAUUCUCAGUUAAAUCUGCAUGGGAGUUUAUCAGACACAGAGAGAGCAAACAAACCAACUAUAGGUUCAUGUGGGAGAAAGGGUUGCCAAUAAAGAUAAGCUUUUUCAUGUGGAGAGUGUGGAAAGGGAGAAUCUCUACAGAUGAUAUAUUGAAAAGGAUGAUGAUCAAUAUACCAUCAAGAUACUGGUGCUGUGAGGAGCAUAAGGAGGAAACUGUAGGUCACUUAUUUAUAACAUCUUCCAUAACUGUCAAGUUAUGGAAGUUCUUUGCUUCUUGUGUAGGUAUUCCUACAGAUGGAGUUGGUCUACAUCAAAUGAUCAUGGCAUGGUGGUCUGCUGAGACAAAACUAAAAUUGCAGCCUAGGUAUAGAGAAAUUCCUGCAGUGAUCAUGUGGUCAUUAUGGAAGAGAAGAAACUUCAUUAAGCAUGGAGGAUCAGUUACCUUUUAA